AUGAUGUUUGGAAUCCAAGGACACUUUCAAUGUGACACAGGUAAGACAGAACAUGAGAUAUCUGUUCCUGUAGAAUGGAUCAAAAAUGGCACGUUAGUGGAGUAUGAAGUCAUCGGCACAAUUUGUUCAAUACACAAUUCAAGUGAAGCUUGCCAACAAGCAACAACACCGAAUGUAAAAUGUAUUUGGUGUGAGAAAUGGAACACGUGCAUUGACAGUAAUCAUCAGGAUCAUCAUUUCUUUAAAGUGAAUGAUUGCCAUUAUAAG